AUGAUUAAGAGUUCACAUGCUCUGAUCAACCUUAUAAAGGCCAUGAUAGGCGUCGGGGUUUUUGCGUUACCUAUGGCAUUUCAGCAAGCUGGGUUGGUGGGAGGAACGAUCAUAAUUAUCGUCCUUGGAAUUGUGAAUGCUCACUCCAUGAUAAAGCUCGUGCACUGCUCACAAUACCUCAGCAAAAGGAGAGAGCUCACUGAGGAAACGGAAAACUCGUCACAGAUAAGUGAAAAAUCUAUCAAAUCUUCCGAAAAAAACAGUAACAAAGAAUCGAAGAAUGAUAAUCCAAAAAGUAGCCCUGUACCAAAUUAUAUAGAAAAAGAAGAUACAGAGGACGAGAAAGCACGGACGACCCUCAACUAUGGUGACAUGGCAGAGCAAGCAUUUUUGUAUAGAAAAUCACUGAGAAUAUUGGCACAGCCAACUAAGUUAAUGGUAAAUAUUUGCAUAGUAUGUCUACAAAUAGGCUUCUGCAGCACGUACUUCAUUUUUGUUGUUGAUCACGUCAAAGAGGUGAUUGAUGUCUUUUUUUCGACGGAGUUUCCACGUAAUAUAUUGUUUUUCGCUACCUUACCAUUUUUCAUCAUUAUUGCCUCUGUACGUAGCAUGAUUGUUUUAACAUGGAUUGGAUUUCUUGGAAAUAUACUUGUCACAGCCGCAAUAGGCGUUAUAAUUGUGCAAAUGAUCCUCAAGGAACACAUUUCUGUGUCAAAACUUCCAGCCUUCGGGCAAAUCAGAACCACCGCAUUGGCUGCCGGCAGCGUUAUAUACGCUUACUCUGCGCAUGGUGUUGUGCUACCACUUGAAAACAAAAUGCGUAAGCCAGAAGAUAUGCUCGGAUUUUUCGGUGUCAUAUCAAUUUCCAAUUUUCUCAUUGGUUUUCUGUAUGGUACCACUGGCCUUCUGGGUUACAUCACUUAUGGAGAAAAUUUGAAAGGCAGCAUCACACUUAACCUCACCAAUUCACCCGUAGAUUUUUCCGUCAAAAUUAUGCUGCUUACGAUGACUUACUGUGGAUAUCUUAUCCAAAGCUAUCCAGUGAUAGAAAUGAUUGGAACGCCGAUGAAACGAUACUUUAAAGGUUCCAAUAAAUGCGUACUUCUUAUGCUAGACUAUGCUAUUCGGUACGCAGUUACAAUGGUGGCAUUUGGAUUUGCCUACCUCAUACCAACUUUCAAGAACAUUAUUCCUUUUGUUGGUGUUACUAUGGGAAUGACACUUGCACUGUUCUUCCCUCCAUUGCUUGAAACAAUAGUAUUUAUUGACCAAUGGAGAAAUGAGAGCAUUGUGAAACUUAUCUAUGCCGUUACUUUAAACAUCUGUUACAUAUUAAUUGGUUGCGAAACCGACAAUGGACAAGAGAAAAGAGAAAACAGAAAGAAAACACAAAGUUGA